GUUUGCAGCCGCAGCCGGAUUACUGAAGCUGGGAGAGGACGACAGACGGGAAAGAAGCCUCCCGCGAGAACUUCGUUAGCAGCCGCUUCUGCGGGCGGACGCGAAGAGCCUCUUUGUUGUUGUACCUCCUUGGAAUCCUCAACCCGGAGCCUUAAAGGGGCCGCUCUGACCUCAAUACCGAAGCAGCCAUGAGCCAGAUCCAGCGCUGGAAUGGGAGCUGCCUCAGCAACUGCAGCCGGGCGGACAUGGUCCCCGAGAUCGCCGCUGCCGUGGGCUUUGUGUCCAGCUUGCUCCGGACCCGGGGCUGCGUUAGUGAGCAGCAGCUCCAGGUUUUCAGCGGAGCCCUGGAAGAGGCGCUCACAGAGCAUUACAAACAUCACUGGUUCCCUGAGAAACCCUUCAAAGGCUCUGGCUACCGCUGCAUCCGUAUCAACCAUAAAAUGGACCCUAUCAUCAGCAAGGCAGCUAGCCAGAUUGGACUCAGCCUCCAGCAGUUAUACCAGCUGCUUCCAAGUGAACUCACACUCUGGGUAGACCCUUUUGAGGUUUCCUACCGGAUUGGUGAGGAUGGAUCCAUUUGUGUUCUAUAUGAGGGAUCAGCAGCACCCGUGAGCUCCUAUGGGAUGCUCACUUGCAAAAAUCAGAUGAUGUUGGGGCGCACCAGCCCUUCCAAAAACUACAUGAUGACAGUCUCCAGCUAAAUGCUCCCAGUUGUCUUUACACUGCCAAGAUAUGGGCUACUGUAUACCUCACCCGAGGAUGUAUUUUUAAAAAUGAAGAGCUAUUUAUAUUUUUUUAAAAAAGAGAAAAUCCAAAAUGAAAUCCAGUAGCAGGCACUGCUCUUUAUGCGGAGUGGUGUUGAGGUGCCUUUUUAAAGCUGUUGCAAGCUUGUGAGUUUAUUAAAAAAAACCAAUGCCAAUAUCUACCUAAUUAGUGUUGGAAGAGAAUUCUGGAGUUGACCUGCCUAUCUGGGAGACUGCAGGGUUGGAAACCAGAGUACAGGGGGUGGGAUAUGGCACUUUUAAGCAGUGACUCACUCUGGGGUAAGUGCUACAACAACUGUGAAUCUCAAGGCCAGUAUGGUAGUACUUAAGCAAUGAACACUUAUAUGUUGCUUGGGACAUUGUGGGCUUAUUCUAGCCUUGCCUUUUCAUUUCUUCAAUAGUUGCCUGUUUAUUUUCUUACACUGAUACAAGUUUGUGUCCUCACCAGUUUCACCUGUUAUCCCUAUCUGAGCAACUCUUCCCCUCCCCAUGACAUCAGCGUUUUGUUAACACACCCAGUCACAACUGUAGCCACAUUAUCUGUCCCCUGGGUGGUGGGGUUUCAAAUGCUGGCCCAUCCCUUUGCACAAAAGCUUGAUUCCUUUCUGCACCUCAUCCUGUUCUUCAUGUUCAUGCAAAAUUUGCUGUUGGCAUUGUGAAAUACUAAGGAACUUUGCUUGGCAGGCGAGUCCAGGAUCUGAUAUAUAACAAUGCAAUCCUAAACAGAGUUACACCCUUCUAUGUCCAGCAGACUUAAAAGGGUGUGAUACUAUUUAGGAUUGCAUUGUCUGGUUAACUCUGGAAAUAAACUCCCAUGUGCAAAAGUAAAAUGGCUAGGCCAAUGAACUUAAUCUACUGGUCAGGGAAAUGUCCAUAUUUCAUUGCCUUUAUCUUGCCCUUUCAAAAUUCCUGACAAAUGCUGCCAAUAAAUGCUGAGAAGCAAUUAUUAAAACAGGGCACUUAAUGUUUAAAAAUCUGCUUCAGAGCACAUGGUUGGUUUUGCUCUUCUGUGUUAAAGAGGCAACUACUUUGCACCCCUAGAACUCCUCCUCCUACCUUUUGUGAAUUGAGUUCUCAGACACUGUGCAAUAUAUUUCAUAAACCUUGGGCACUCAGGAGAAGGAGGAGAUUCUCUGGGAUAGCCUCUCUUGUUAAAGCAUGUGUAAUUUUUUAAAAAUUCUCAUACAACUUUUCAAGUGUUUGUACUUGACUGAUGUUUGAACUGGGAAAUCUCAGCACCACAACAGCAUGCCAUUUAAGAGGUAUGAUGGCCUCUUGUAAAAAAAACAAACCUUUUUAAAACAAAGCAUGAUCUGUCAGGAUUUUCUUUUGUGCAACCAUUGAUAUGAAUGGAAGCUUCACAAUAAUUUUGACCAUUUGUUGUUCAGUUCCUAUUCAUAUCAGUGAUGCUUGUGCAGGAGAAAUUCUGGUGCAUUGUGCCCCAGAUAACUUUGCAAAAUUUAAAACUGCGACAGCACAGCAGUGAAUUGCUUUGUUCUAAUUCCACAUGUGAUGCUCUUUGUUUUGAAGAGCAGAAUCUCUACUCAUUAAAUACAAAGGUUGUGAAGCACUAAGUGUUCCCUAUAAGCUAAAAAAAAGUGUCUCCACUCCGUUAGCGUAAUUGUGCAAUAUUUGGUGACAUGUUAAGGGGAACACUUUCAGCACUGUAGCUUCCCCCUCCCAGAAAAAAAAUCUGUUCCCAUUCUGUCUGGGAGCCUCAUUCCUUAUCUGGUGCAUGAAAAACAUAUGAGUGCGGACUAUAGUAUGUCCAGGAACAAUGUUUGUUUUGCCACACUCCCCGCCUCUGUUUGGAAUUUCCCAAAUGCCAAUACUUGUUUGGUUUGCCAGGUUGGCAUGAUUAAAGCAACUCCGUUUAAAGGUAUCUUGACAUUUCCUUUUACUCCCUCCAUACCAACUAAGGGUGCCUGUUAAAACCAAAUGCUUAUUCCAUCUCCUUCGUUUUCCUCCGCAGUGUCCUUGAAAGGUUGUUGGGGGAAACAGUAAAGAUUACCAAAUAGUGUGCUGUUGUACCUGGCUUGGAAUCUAGUAUUAAGAUGUUUUUGUUAGCCUUAAGCCAACCAAAUUUGGACAGGAACUGUUCUGUAAUUUGUGCAUGUAAAAGCUGUGAAUUGAUGUAUGCUCUUUGUUGCCUUCUAAUGACAAGCCUGACACAACUUGUUGCAGUGCUGAAGAGUCUUAGGAACAGCCUUUGGGUAUGAAUGUGUCUGUCUCCCCCUCUCCUUUAAAAAAAAGUUUGCAAAACUUGAGCUGGACUAUUGAACGGGACCUACUUUCAUAAUUGGUGAAAAUAAUUGAAAAGUUUGUAAGCUAUUUUGUGUUGGGGGCUGGGCGGGCUAAACAUUGUACAAUAGUGUUUUUAUAUGCAAAAUGUACAGAUAUAUUGAGAAAUGUACACUUUUGUUACUUUAAUAAAAAUGUAGCAAUUUAAAUAUGUUGCUGGAAAGAUUGAAAA